AUGCGGCUGCCCGACGCCGAGUUCCUUGCCGCGGUGCCCACCACCUUAUCCACCCACGCCAUCCACUCACGCCCGACUGCUGCCUCUUCGCUGCCGUUCCUCGCAUCGCACCCCGAGGGGAUGCAGGCGCCUCCCGGCGGAGCGACGGACACGCUGAGCAUCGACAGGAUGAGUUCGACGGGGAAGGGGAUCUUGGUGGGCAUGAUAUCCGCCUUCGGCUCGGCCGCUUUUGUCGCCGUUGUUUUCGCAAUCAUCUAUUUCUUCCGAUACACACAGCAAGGCAGGAUUUUCCUGGAUCGCAUAGGCAGGCCCGGAGAGUACGACGAUGAACAAGCGUUCCUCAAGGAGGAAGCGGAGGCGCUCGAGGAAAUGGACGAUCUGCAGCGCACCGAAUACAUGCGAGCCAAGGCGUUCAUCCAGGCAAACCCGCCCGAGUCGGUGCAGACGGACAUCUCGCUAUCCCAGUUCUUGGCGAUCCAGGAGAAGGGUGUUUCAGCCUGGGAAUUUGAGCCGGAACUGGAAAUUGCAAACUGCUUCGUCGAGGGCCGCACCGAAGUUGAAUUCUUCGACUCAGAAUGCAGCGUGCAGAGCAAUCUCCCGAUUCCGAAGCAGAACGAGGUGUACUACUGGGAGGCAAAGGUCUACGACAAGCCCGAGAAUACUACCAUCAGCAUUGGCCUCACUACCAAGCCGUAUCCUCUCUUCCGUCUUCCAGGCUUUCACAAGACUUCCAUCGCAUACACCUCCCCCGGCUCCCGGCGGUUUAACCAACCCUUCACUCCUACUCCCUAUGGCCCUUCUUACGUUCAGGGUGACGUUAUAGGGGUCGGAUACAGGCCUCGGACUGGAACGAUCUUCUUCACUCGCAACGGCAAAAAGCUCGAGGAUGUGGCACACGGUCUCAAGGCGCAGAACUUCUUCCCCACGAUCGGAGCCAAUGGCCCGUGCCAGGUGCACGUGAAUUUUGGUCAGAUGGGAUUUGUCUUCAUCGAGGCAAACGUGAAGAAAUGGGGUCUCGCGCCCAUGAACGGCUCGUUGGCGCCACCGCCGCCAUACGGCAGUGAGCAAGGCAGCAUUCUUUUGGAGGGUGGAAGAGAAGGCAUCAGAGAGGGCAUGGGUUACCUUGCAGCCGGUUACGCCCAUGCGCGGAGAAGCAGUCAGCAGAUGCGACUGGGAAGAAACCAGCCCACGAGUCCCGGACCGCAACGUUCUCCCACGGAUAUUUCUUUGGCCCAGCUGAGCCUGGUCGACUCCAACGAAGGCGAUGUAGGUGAGGGCACCAGCACCAUUGCUGGAGAAUCAUUCACGCCGUACGGCCAGGUGCCGCAAAGCCUGGCAAUUCCCGUUGCCGAGCUCCCACCGGAGUACGAGUCUCCCCAAGGAAGCCCCAGCACCCAAGCUAGCUUCGACGGCGGGGUGCCUUUGUUGGGAGACAGGACUGGGGAUCCCCCAAUCCCCACAUACGAUGCUGCAAUGGCGGAUUCCCGAGCGGAAAGUAGGGGGAGGAGUGAUACCCGUGGCUCGCGCUCAUGA